ACUCAAUUUUUAAUAGAGACAAAAAGAAUAGGUGAUUUGUUUUUUCAUCUAUUCUAAUUACCGGAUAUGUGUUGCUGCAUAUGACGGUUAUCAAAAAUAGAAGUAUCACAUACAUGUACAAGCGAAAACUUAGGUGUAUCUAACUACAAUUAUGAUAAGUUUACAGCACCAAUAUGUUGACUAAUAAAGUUAAGAUACCAAGAAAGCAAAAUGAAGCCUACCACAUGAGUUCAGAAAACCCCAAUAGGAGCAGACUCCAAGUACUCUCAUCACAUUUUACUGCUAUGGCUUCUGAGAAAGAAGCUGCACUUCUUGCUGUUCCUUCUGAUGCUCCUACCAUAUUUGACAAGAUCAUUAAGAAGGAAAUCCCAGCAGACAUUGUAUACGAGGAUGACAAGGUUUUAGCUUUCAGAGACAUAAAUCCCCAAGCUCCUGUGCACAUUUUGCUUAUUCCCAAGGUCAGGGAUGGCUUAACUGGACUUUCCAAGGCUGAAGAAAAGCACUGCGAGAUUCUCGGUCAACUUCUUUACACAGCAAAGCUUGUUGCCAAACAGGAAGGUCUUCUCGAGAAUGGAUUUAGACUCGUGAUCAACGAUGGGCCUAGUGGAUGUCAAUCUGUUUAUCAUCUUCACCUUCACCUUCUCGGAGGCCGACAGAUGAACUGGCCACCCGGCUAAAAAGACAGUCAGCGAUGAAUUCCAGAUUUCAUCCUAUCUGUGUGUAGCACUUGCUAAAAAACACUAUCACAUCUAUGUGCAACUUUUGAAGAAUCAAGCUAUCAACUUGUGCUAUCCCCCUAUGAAGAGAAAUAGGACUCUUCCUGACAAUUAUGCUGUUUUUAUUUAUCAAUAAGAGCGAUUUCUCUGCGUU